CGCUCUCCAGAAGGAGCUGGGCUGGCAGCAGCCGCCGAGGGCUGUGGGCUGCAGGAACAAACACGCUCUGGAAUUCGGUUUCUGCCCCGGCAAGCAGCUCCCUCCUGCUUCUGCUUCCCGCCCCAUGGGGCCGGCCAGCCAGCCGACAAACUUGUUGCACGGAAAGGAGGGAGAGGGGGAAAUGCAAGUGCCGACACUUCGCAGCAGCCAGGAAAUCGUUUCCUAAAGCACACGCUCCCAGAGAAUUCGGAUGGACGAGGCUUUGCCGUCACAAUCUGCAGCCCAGAACUGGCUAUGUGAUUACAAAUAGCACUCGGCAGAGGACUUCCCGGUGAUUUCUGCUGGAGAUGUACUCCCCUGCCACAGAGCUCAUCUUCCUUCCCCGAGGCUUCACAGCAUAAGUAACUUCCAAAGCACACCGUUCAAAUACAUCUGACCUGCAAGUUCUUCUGGAAUUUCAAAAAAGUUGCAAUAAAAAUACCAGAGAAAUCGCCAAAUCACAGGAAUUGUUGACAUACCAUUAUAAUGGUAAGCUCUAAUUGUUCCACUGAGGACUCCUUUAAAUAUACUUUGUAUGGGUGUAUCUUUAGCAUGGUGUUUGUGCUCGGCCUCAUAGCGAACUGUGUAGCGAUCUACAUUUUCACUUGCACUUUAAAAGUGCGAAACGAGACUACAACUUACAUGCUUAACUUAGCCAUAUCAGAUCUGCUUUUCGUGUUUACAUUACCCUUCAGGAUUUAUUACUUUGUAACCAGAAACUGGCCAUUUGGAGACAUUCUCUGCAAGAUUUCUGUCACCCUCUUUUAUACAAAUAUGUACGGGAGCAUUUUGUUUCUGACUUGCAUCAGCGUGGAUCGCUUCUUAGCCAUAGUACACCCCUUCCGAUCCAAGACCCUCCGGACCAAAAGGAAUGCAAAGAUUGUGUGUGUUGCAGUGUGGAUAACCGUGCUAGCAGGCAGCACACCAGCAAGCUUUUUCCAGUCCACAAACCGCCGGAACAAUACAGAGCAAAGGACGUGCUUCGAAAACUUCUCAGAGGACACGUGGAAAACCUACCUAUCCCGGAUUGUCAUCUUCAUUGAAACUGUGGGGUUUUUUAUCCCGCUCAUCCUGAACGUGACCUGCUCCACUAUGGUCCUCCGGACCCUGAAUAAACCACUUACGUUAAGCCGGAAUAAAGUAAGCAAGAAAAAAGUACUCAAAAUGAUUUUUGUCCAUUUGGUGAUAUUCUGCUUCUGCUUUGUGCCUUAUAACGUUACCUUAAUACUUUACUCCCUUAUGAGAACACAGACCUGGGUCAACUGCUCAGUGGUGACUGCAGUCAGGACUAUGUACCCCAUCACUCUGUGCAUCGCUGUUUCAAACUGCUGCUUUGACCCCAUAGUCUAUUACUUCACAUCAGAUACCAUUCAAAAUUCCAUAAAAAAGAACCGGUCCACCAGACCGCGGGACAUCAGAUUCUCUGAAAGGCCAGUUUCAGAAAGCUUCAUUCAACACAGCCUUCAGACCAUAAAAAUGAAAAUAUUUGAUAGUGACUCUACAAUAUAAACUGCAUCAAAAGACUAUUGGGACUAAACUGGAAUUAGAAGCCUACACAUUUCUUCAUAUAUUCUUAUAUGUAAAGGCUGUGCUUCCUUCACAACUGAAAAGUUUAUUAUAAGGCUGUAAAAGUGUUAAGCAUAACAGCAUACAGAAGAAGUAUUUAAAAAAAUUAUGUCAAAGGUCUGUUCUGACAGAUUGUAUGUUAGAAAUGAACUUUUGGGUAUAGAGGUUAACCAAAGUCCAAAGACUGUUUGUCAAGUUAAACACAAGUGAAAAAGUAGGUUGUUUUCUUCCUGAAGUUAAAACAGUUGCUCAAUUUAAUAAUGAUAUCAGUUUCCAAGUUACUGAGAAUGGGGGGUGAAGCUACCUGCUCUACACACUGCAGGAAAAUUGCCCCCUUUUUGUCAUAUCUUCAGCUACUGUGUCUUUGCCAGUUUCCUCUUGUCUCUCUUAUUCCUCCCCAGCUGUCUUUUUCCCUACACCUUCCUUCUCAGGGACCAUUAUGUUCACAGGAGGCUUCAAUCAGUGGGUUAAAGAACUUUGUUUCUCCCAGGUUUAUCUGAUAAAAAUACAUGCUCUCUCUACAAGCCUGGCCCCCAUAAAGCAAUUAAAUCUCCUGGUAGUUUAGAGCGCUUAGAAAUGUCUCAGACAAACUGGUUUUUCUUCUCACCUCUCUCUCAGAAGCCUGUGUGAUUAAAACAAAGUAACUUGUGAUGUCUGAAGUUAAUGCUUUAGGUACAGUACCAUUUUAUUAACCUCUUUUGUGAGGAGUUCUUAAACUCAGCAUGACUUUUGAGGAAAAUAACAUCCUCUGAAUAAGUCAAUUUUAUCUCAAAGUAUAGUUUCUUAGAAAAACAAGACCUUUUCUAACUAGAAAUAAACAUGUGCAUCGAGUCGAUUAUUUCUUCCAGGAAACUAUUUGGUGUUCAUAAAGACACUCAAGAUAGAGUAAUUUUGGAGCGUAACUUCUCAAUUUUUGCAUCCUAGAAAUCAUUUUAACAAGAGCAUUUAAAACUUCAAAUUAUAUUUUCUUUCAAACUUUAAAAAGUAUAAA